CCCAUACGCACUCACUCAGCAUCAACUAUCCUCUCCUCUCUGAAACUACACAGCAAUACAGCAUCAACUAAACCUAACCCCCAGCCACCUAGCCCUGCAGCCCGCCGCCCCCAGCCACCGCAGUCUCUGCCGCCACUGCAGCCACGCAGCCCCCGCACCAGCCCUCGCAGCUCCCCACACCCACGCAGCCUCCACCGUUACCGUAGAAGAUCCGUCGCCGUUGUAGGAAGCUGUGUCGCCGUGAUUGGAAGCUCCCUCGCCGUCGUUUGGAAGCUCGUUGGCCGUCUCCUCUGUUCGAGCUCUCUCUCUCUCUGUGUCGCCGUUGUGUUUCUGCCACUGCCCUUCCUCCUCGCAGCCGUACCCAGACCCAAGUCCCAACCUUAGAUUGCUGCACUUCUGUGACUUCAUCUUCUCCCUUUUCCUUUGCCAACUUCGCUGCUCCGUUCAACUCCUGCACCGUCGCCGUCCUGCAUUGCUACUCCGCAUCUCUGCUCUUCUCUUCGCCGGCAUCUCUCACCUCUCCGGCCAUUUCUCCCCUGUCCCUGAACCAUAUUGAUAUGCUGUGUGUGUAAAUUGCUAGGCAACAAAGUAGCAAUGAGUUCUUGUUACUUCAGCCCUCUGCAUACUACUUGUCAUCUCACUUCUACAGGCUUAUCUACAAAGUUCAAGAUUCCGAAGCUUCACAUGCAGAAAAAGAGGUGUCAAGUCUCUUCAAGAUCUUCGAAAGUGACUGCAUUUUAUGGCUUGAGGACCCCUCCUUAUGAACAUGAUGCACUAGAGCCGUAUAUGAGUAAGAGGACAAUUGACAUGCAUUGGGGAGAACAUCAUCAUAAUUUUAUAGAAGGUUUGAACAAACAGCUGGAGAAGGAUGAUAUACUAUAUGGGUACACCUUGGAUGAACUAGUCAAAGUGACGUACAACAAUGGCAAUCCCUUACCUGAAUUCAACAAUGCUGCUGAGGUUUGGAAUCAUAACUUCUUCUGGGAGUGUAUGCGACCAGAUGGGGGUGAUAUGCCCGAGCUAGGUCUUCUUCAACAGAUUGAAAAAGAUUUCGGAUCAUUUACAAACUUUAGAGACAAGUUUGUAGAAGCUUCCCUCACACUAUUUGGUUCUGGCUGGGUUUGGCUAGUUUUGAAGCGAGAAGAAAGACGACUAGCCAUAGUGAAAACUGCAAAUGCCAUUUGUCCAAUUGUGUGGGAUCACAUACCAAUUAUCAACUUGGAUUUGUGGGAGCAUGCUUAUUAUCUGGAUUAUAAGAAUGACAGGGCAAGGUAUGUGAAUGUAUUUCUUGACCACCUUGUAUCUUGGGAUGCUGCAUCAAUGCACUUGACACGGGCAGAAGCUUUUGUGAAUUUAGGGGAGCCUAAAAUCCCUGUUGCAUGAACUGCUGAAAUGGUAUAUGUGAUCCUCACUGCAAGGAAUUCCCCGUGUGUUUUUUCCCAGUUGUCGAUUUUUGCAAUUUUAAGUCUACGAUUAAUGACAACUUGACAUAUCGGGGUGUAUGUGACUUAGAACAGUUUAAAAGGGUUUAGGCUACCAUUCUAUUUGUAUGCAUGUAAUAUCUUCUACAGAUAUAUAUAUAUAUAUAUAUAUA